AUGGGUCGUCAGAAGACGGGUAUUGGCCCAACGGAAAUCACAUUUGCUGGGAACUGGCCCACAAACUCACGGCCGGUGCUGGAGAAGGUAAGCCACGCCUACGUGAUAUUUUUUGUGUUAUAUGUUACCGUCAUCGCUUUCGCUGUCAUUCGGGUGAUCAGCGCUGUGUUCUUGAAGGAUACGUUAGAUGCAGCUCAAAAUGAUGCGGAACAUCUGGUGGUUGACAGGCUGCGCAAAAAGGCAGAGUAUGUGGAGAAGUUGGAGAUCAUCUUCAGAGCUAUUGAUGAUUCCGGCGACGGCAUCAUCACAGAGGCGAGGAUGAACGAGAUUCUCUCCAAUCAAAAGAUCGCGGCCUACUUCCAGACGUUGGAUUUGGAUGUUCAUGAAGGAGCGGCAUUGUUCCACCUCCUGGACAAUGGCGAUGGCGAGGUCACCUUAGAGGAGUUCAUUGAUGGCAUCAUGCGCUGCAAGGGACCUGCGCGGGCAAUCGAUCAAGACGAUUUGGAAAAGGGGAACGUCCCAAAGCACGUGAGGCUCUUCGAGCAGCUGUUCCGUUUGUUUCUUGUUCUUCUCGUGGUGGUUCCUUGCAGGCAUCAUGUAGAACAAGAUGCGGAUACGUGGCACUAUUUUCACGGCCAGAUGGACAACUUGCCAGAUUGA